AUGUCCUCCGAAUCGACCCCCGUAAGAUGGCUGGAGCCGCCGGAUCAUUACCAAUAUGGAACGACAUUCGGGCUACCUUGGGCAAGAGGAAAAUACAAAUCAGGUGAUACCACAUACACCUGCAGCACCCGCAACGGUGAAAAUAUUCCGCUUCAGUCUUGGGUUCUCGCCUACUGGCCCGAUGACUCGAUCAAAUGGACCGCGCAUGCAAUUCCUGCCGGCGAUGCACCAAAAGACGGAUACAUCGUCCAUGCCACAGUACACGGCGAAAACAAGCCACCUCAAGAACCACCAAAAGGCAUCAGCAUCCAAGACUCCGACGACUCCAUCACCGUCUCGACCGGAGCCAUCACCGCCACCUUCCCCAAAAGCGGACGCACCCUCAUCUCCAGCAUCAUCAACAACGCCGGCCGCACCGUCAGCACAAACGGCCACCUCGUCCUCCUCACCCAAUCCUCCAUCCUCGACGGCGACCUCCCUUCCUCACCAAUCACCCACCACAAACUCACCAGCACCAUCACCUCCACCACCCUCGAACGCGCCGGCCCCAUCCGCACUACGAUCAAAAUAACCGGCCACCACGCCCCUCUCCCCCCUCAUCCCUCCACCCAACCAUCCACUCCAUCCAACCAACACGAAACCCUCCUCCUCCCCUUCACCCUCCGCAUCCACCUCCACGCCUCCUCCCCCCUCCUCCGCCUGCACCUCACCCACGUCUUCUCCCCCUCCCCCCUGCCCCAUCCCUACAACCACAUCCGCGGCUUAGCCCUCCGCCUCACCGCCCCCCUCGCCCCCGCGCCGCCCUACGACCAACACAUCCGCCUCACCACCGCCUCCGGAUCCACCCUCCUCGCCGAAGCCGCACAAGGCCUAACCGGCCUAUGGACCGACCCCGGCGCCGCCGUGCGCGCAGCGCAGGUAUCAGGGCAGCCCGUCCCGCCGCUAGAGACGUGGGACGCUGAGAUGCCGCGCGGAGAAGGGCUGCGCUGGGUCCCUGUCUGGCGGCAGUGGCGGCUCACGCAACUGGGGCCGGAUGCGUGCGUGGUGCGCAAGAGGACGGGCGGGCAGGCCGGGGGGAGGGCGUGGGUGGGUGUGCCGCCGCGGGCUGGAGCCGCAGAACCCAACCAGAAGGCCGGCGGCGUGGCGUACGUGGGCGCGGCGGGGAGGGGUGGGGUCGCGGUUGGUUUGCGGUGGUUCUGGGAGCGGUGGCCGACGGGGUUGGACGUCGGCGCUGGUGGCGGGGACGACGGCGAGCUCACGGCCUGGCUGUGGUCGCCGGACGGCGGCAGUGGGCCGAUGGAUUUGCGGCCGUGGCGGGGGAGUUUGGGGGAGGAGGGGUGUUACGACGAGCAGUUGGCGGCGAUGCGGGUGACGUAUGAGGACUGGGAGGAAGGGAUGGGGAGUGCGGAGGGAGUGGCGCGGACGAGCGAGUUGUGCCUGCUCGCGACGGAGGGGACGCCGAGCGAAAAAGAGCUGGCGUCGCUGACGAGGUGCGUGCGGAGCCCGCCGGUGUUGGUGGCGCGGUCGGAGCGGAUUCGUGAGACGGGCGCGUUGGGGACGUAUUGGUCUCCGGCGGCGGAAAAGGAGUCGGGAUGCAGUGGCCUGCAGAUGGAUUUGGAUUCGAAACUGUACUUCCUGUUCAACUUUUACAAGGGACAGGUGCAGCAGCGGAAGUGGUACGGCUUCUGGGAUCACGGAGAUAUCAUGCACACUUAUGAUGCAGACCGGCGGACCUGGAGAUAUGACGUCGGCGGUUAUGCUUGGGACAACUCGGAGCUGUCCCCAGAUCUGUGGCUCUGGUUAUAUUUUCUACGCACCGGCAGGGCGGACGUAUACCGCAUGGCUGAAGCGCUGACCAGGCAUACCGGAGAGGUUGAUGUGUAUCACUUGGGCAAGUAUAAAGGUCUCGGAACGCGACACGGCGUACAGCACUGGAGUGACAGCUGCAAGCAGGCCCGUAUCUCUAAUGCGUUGUACCGAAGGUUCUUCUAUUACCUCUCUGGGGGAGCCGAGAGGGUUGGUGACCUGAUGGAAGAAACACUGGAAACAGAGAAGGCUUUCCUCACCUUGGACCCAUACCGUAAGGUUAGAAAAGACAGGGCUACAUAUCGGCCUGACCCAAAGGCACUCACCAUCUCUCUGGGUACCGACUGGUCUGCGCUUGCCGCCGCGUGGUUCAUUGAAUGGGAGAGACGCGGCCCCUUGUGGGAGGAAGCAAAAAGCAAAUUACUCACUACAACGAGGGGGAUUGGUUCACUGGCCAAUGGCUUCGUUACUGGCCAGGUCACUUACAACCUUCUCACAGGAGAGAUUCUCCCGCCGGUUGAGGACCCAGAGAACAAAGGCGUUGUGAAGGUAUCCCACCUCUCGGCCAUGUUCGGACUGUUUGAGAUUUGUGCCGACAUCCUAGAUUCACUGGCGGCAGAUAUACCCCCGGGCUUCAAAGAAGCCUGGCUAUCUUACUGCCGCUAUUUCAACGCUCCAGCCGACGAGCAGAUCGAGCGGUUCGGAGUCAGUUUUGGGAACCUGCAGUUAAAGCAAGGUCACUCGCGACUGACUGCGUACGUUUCCCGAGAGCUUGAUGACCCAUCUUUAGCCUCGCGUGCCUGGAAUGAGCUCUUGUACAGCGAUGGCUAUAGGGCGGAUGCGCUGUGGACUACUCAGAAUAUUGGCGGUCAUGGACCAACAAGCUCAAUCGACGAAGCCCCAUGGAUUUCAACCAACAUAACCUCCUUGUACGGGCUGGCAGCAAUUCAGAAUUUAGCCAUCCUAGGAGAGAUUAACUGA